AUGGCGGCCUUUUACCCAGGGUCCAGGGGAGGGGGUCCACCGGUACCUCAGACAGGUGUGGUUCCUCGGUACGCCCCCUGGCCCUGGCCCAUGGCUCGCGAAAUUGAAAUUCGAGAUCCAACCCCAGGCCAGAACGGCCGUCGCGCGGCAGGUUUCAGAUCUGCUCAGGUACCGACUAUACUCCGUAGGACAAAGCACAUUGUGUCGCAUGGAUCUGAGAGUGUAUAUAAUGGAGAGAUUGGCGAGGAUGGAGAAGCUAGGGGACCCCCGGGCGGAAACCUGGAUGUCAUUGCGCGACAGCAAAAGCGGGGCCAGAUGGAAUUGAGUCCUGCAGUGGGGAUCCAACAGAAUAUUAAGUGGAAAAGGGAGGUGUGCCUCGGGUUGCUUGGUAUUUUCAUGUCCAGAGAACCGGUCCCCGAGAAAGAUGAGGAAAUAACACGAAUGUACGGUGUCCCACGGAACAAGCUCGUUCUUCCGAUCUCUAGUAGUCCUUGUCUAUCCGGUACUAAUGUUUUUCCCGGUCUCUCCCACCCAGCAGGGAACCGAAAAGAAACAAACGAAGAGGCUAUGCAAAUGGACUCGCAUUAA